AUGGCCCGAGGCGUGCAGCAAGGCCUCGGGGGCGUGGGCUGGGGGCUGCGCGGCGCCCUGGCUGUGGUGGCGCUGCUCUCGGCGCUCAACGCGGUGGGCACACUGUUCGCGCUGUGCCAGUGGCGCGGGCUGAGCACGGCGCUGCGGGCGCUGGAGGCGCAGCGGGGCCGGGAGCAGCGCGAAGACAGCGCCCUGCAAGCCUUUCUGGCCGAGCUAAGCCGCGCUCCCCGCUGGGCCCCCUCACCUGCCCAGAACGUCGCGAGCGCGGCGCGCAACAAGCGCAGCCACCGCGAAAAGCCGGCACAGCACAUCCGCGCGGAGAGCCAGGACAUGCUAAUGAUGAUGACCUACUCCAUGGUGCCGGUCCGAGUAAUGGUAGACCUGUGCAACAGCACCAAGGGCAUCUGCCUGACAGGACCAGCUGGCCCACCAGGACCUCCAGGAGUUGAUGGCAUACCAGGACACAGUGGAUCAGAUGGACAGCCUGGUCCACAGGGCCCAAAAGGCGAAAAAGGAGCAAAUGGAAAAAGAGGAAAAAUGGGGCAACCUGGAGCCACAGGAAAUCCAGGGGGAAAAGGAGAAAAGGGAGACCCUGGUGAACUGGGCCUGACCGGAAACGAGGGCCCACCAGGGCAGAAGGGUGAAAAGGGAGAGAAAGGGGAUGUGUCCAACGAUGUGCUCCUGGCAGGUGCCAAAGGUGAACAAGGCCCACCUGGCCCACCUGGGCCCCAGGGCCCUCCGGGUCCUCCGGGACCACCCGGAAGCAGAAGAUCCAAAGGCCCCCGGCCACCAAACAUGUUUAACGGCCAGUGCACAGGUGAGACAUGUGCUAUACCAAAUGAUGACACCUUCGUUGGAAAAACUGAUGAGAAAGUCCAUGAACACCAUUCCCCACAAGCAGAAUCCAUGAUCUCUUCCAUUGGAAAUUCGACACAAAUACUUAAAGUUAAGGAGACAUUUGGGACCUGGAUAAGAGAGUCUGCAAACAAGCAUGAUGAACGGGUUUGGGUGAUUAAACAUUUUUCAGGCAUCUUGGUGAAGGAAUUCAAAGACUGGCCCUCGCUUUUGAAUAAUAGUUACAUGUCCAUCCAGCUCCCGUAUUACUUCCAAGGCUGUGGGCAUGCUGUCUACAACAACACUCUCUACUACCACAAAGCCGGCUACAACACCAUAGUAAGGUUUGAAUUUGGCAAAGAAACAUCUGAAACUCUGAAGAUUGAAAAUGCUUUGUAUUUUGAUAGAAAAUACCUCUUUGCAAAUUCCAAGACUUACUUCAACUUGGCUGUAGAUGAGGAGGGCCUUUGGAUAAUCUAUGCUUCAAGUGUGGAUGGCUCGAGCAUCCUUGUUGCAAAACUGGAUGAAAGGACAUUCUCUGUGGUGCAACACAUCAACACCACGUACCCCAAAUCGAAGGCCGGCAAUGCCUUCAUUGCCCGAGGGAUCCUCUAUGUCACAGACACCAAAGAUAUGAGUAUAACAUUUGCCUUUGAUUUGUUAGGAGGGAAACAGAUCAAUGCAAACUUCAAUUUAAGAACUUCCCAGUCUGUUCUUGCCAUGUUAUCAUACAAUAUGAGAGACCAGCAUUUAUAUUCGUGGGAAGAUGGCCAUUUAAUGCUUUACCCUGUGAGGUUUUUGUCAGCUACAUUAAACCAAUGAUGUGAUGCUGUCCCCCUGAUAAAUUUCAGGUGUUCUCUGGGACCAUUUCCAUCCCAGCAGAAAACCUGUCUUUAAGGUUUGCCAGGUACUUAGAAUAUAAUCUUACGACAUGCGUGUUUAUACGGCCAGUGGGCCCCUUUAAUUCAGAUUCCUUAGUGGAAAUGAGCAAUGGAUUGGAAGUCAAAAUGGCUGAGGUUUGGUAAUUCCUCCACAAACCAGCAGAUUAAGUCACUUCUCCCUCUUUGGACCUCAGUUUCCCCAUCGGUAAUAUGAAAGGGCUGGCUGAGAUAAUUGGUAAGAUUUCCUCUACCUGUAGGAAAUUCUGUGAUUCUUGGCUGUUACAACUUUCAUUUAUGCAUCUGUUUUGCUUUGUUUUUUAACCACAUAUAAGUUUACCCUUAAGUUGAUAAGCCUGGUUGUUUAAGCAGUGAAUUCCUUAGUGAUGACUUAUAUUGGUUCCUUGGGAAACUGCACUGACCCUUAAGGCUGCUAAGAGAUCACACUGCUCAUAAUUUACUACUAUUCUCUGCACCUGCACCUGCCACCACAGCACCUGAAUGGCCAUUACCCUCAGCUCCUGAUCAUAGUUCCAAGAUUAGCAAAAGCCAGGAACAGCUGCCUGCUCAGGUUUCUUGAUGAAACAAAAUCAGGCCCUUCCAGGUUCUUAUCAACUUCUGAUCAUGUUGAUUUUCGGCUAUAGAUCAUAAGCAUUGAAUCCCCCAUGUCACACUUUCUACCACAGCUAUGGAUUAGAGUACUAAAUAAUGAGUGAACAUUAACCUGGCUAGAACCAUGGGAUGCACUUUGCAUCUUUAAGACAGGCACCAUUUGUGGUUACCAGCCACAAUGGGGGUUUGCCAACUACAGCCCUUGGGCCAAAGCCAGCUCACCUAUUUUUAAUACAGAACGUUUUAUUGGAACACAGCCACAUUUAUGUACUAUAGUAGUCUAUAACCACUUUUGUAAUACAAGGGCAGAGUUGAGUAGUUGUAACAGAGACCAUAUAGCCCAUAAAAAGCCUACGAUAUUUACUUUUUGACCCUUUUCAUAAAAAGUUUGCCAACCCCUGAUCUGGAAUAUAAAAUGAGCCUGAUUCUUAGGAGGGCUUAUUUACUAGAGCCUGUUUUUGUGGGUUUCUUUUUUUUUUUUUUCCAGACUAGAAAGCAUCAUUUUAUAUGGUUUGAGUUUUUGGUAGAGGGGAAGGAUGAGAAUAGCAUAAAAUUAAGUGGCCCUCAACAAAAGCAGCUAAUGAGUUAUUCGUUUCCUAACAUCAUUUUAAAGCUGUAAUGUCCCUUUGGAUACCACGAGUGACUUCAGUUUAACUUAGUCUUUAUAUGUCCUUGCUUACAUAUAUUUUCUGCCAACUCAGUUCCUUGAACAGCCUUCGCCCCAGCACUGAGAUCCACCAGACAGGGCCACCAAGAUAGAGAGGAAGUUGGGAAAGAUCACUGAAACCCUGCAGCCAGGAAGGGGACCUAGGUAGGGGAAAUGCUACAAAAAGAUUUUUCAGCCAGUUUGCUCUCACUGCAUACAUGUGUAUUGGGGGACAGCUUCCGGUAACUUUCACUAGGUGCAGAUGCAUUCUGAGCAUUCCUGAGUCUUGGUUUUAUCACCUGUUAAUAGAAACAUUUUGAAACUUAAGGAAUGCUAUGGUAGACUAAUAUGAGCAUGGUCCCUAGGUACUACAAAUGGUUAAGCACUCAACUACUAGCUGAAAGGCUGGCUGUUUGAACUCACCCAGAGGUACCUCCGAAGACAGGUCUGGUGAUCUGCUUCUGAAAGGUUACAGUGUUGAAAACCCUAUGAAGUGCAGUUCUACCCUGCACACAUGGGUCGCCAUGAGUCAAAAUCGACUUGAUGGCAACUAACAACAGUAACAGAGUAAUACCAGAAUAAUUUAGCAGGACCAAGGUUUAAUGGCAGUGGGUAAUUUUAUACCUGGUUGAAAGUUUGUAUUUAGAGAGAGAAAUGAAUUAAGUUUUUAUUCAUUUUUUUCUUGCAAACAGUACUUGAUUUUAAAAAAGAAAAAACAGUCCUGGGCUCACUGCUAAAAUAAAAUACAAUCUAAUGCUUUUAGGUCAAAAUAUCAUUUUAGCAGCUUACAUGCUCCCUUAGAAACCAAAGUUGCUUUAAAGG